CAUUAUUGUGCAAAUACAAAUUAUAACACGUUCUUAAUACUAAGCUAUUGAAUUUAAUUAUAAUGAGUUAAGAAACAAGCAAUCGAAUUUGUAUGUCGCCCCCUUCCCCCCUAGUUUUCCAACUCAAAUCUUUUCGAGCUGAUGCUGACAGUACCAUUUGAAUUGCUGCUGGAAGACCAGAAGAGGCUGCAGUACAAGUACAAAUCAGUUUAUUUAUUAAAAUAAAUUAUAUACACCAGCCCUUUACUUUGCAGACAACAGGUGGCAGCUGCAUUUCAGCGGUAUGACAGUCUGAGAGGCUGGUUGACAGGGGACAACAGGUAUCUACUGAAGCGGUGGCUACUGAGACCGCUGCUCAACCCCACGACCCCUGCCGAAGGUGUGUCCCACCAAAGAGCCCCAGGAACUGAAUGAUAAAGGAGACUGCAAGCACCUGCUCUCAACCUGCUAAAACCCAACACUCCCUCAGAUAACUGCCUGCAUUGAGCACAAAGGAAGAGACGGAACUCCUACAUCCUUCAUUCCCCUAAGAGAAAUCACUGGAGCAGAUUUAAUACAGACUUGUGUCUGGUGGCCCCCUUCUUUUUGUACAAAGGCUGCCUUGAAAGAGAACGCAGUGGUAUUUAAUGAGCUGUGAGAUGAGGCCUUGCUGCUAACAGUCGGAGGAGAAAGGAUUCAUCGGGCUUGAUGUACAUGUUUCUACUCCGUACUCUGAGGAGAGUCUACCACGGAAUCCAAAACGGCAGCUGGGGAAAGUGCAUCAAACAUGCCUACAGAAACACUACAGACAGAUAGCAUGGUAAAACCUGUCAGCCCGGCAAGCACCUUUACCUCAGCAGUACCUCUCCGGAUACUGAACAAAGGGCCAGACUAUUUCCGUAGACAGGCAGAACCCAAUCCUAAAAGACUCAGUGCAGUGGAGAGACUGGAAGCAGACAAAGCCAAAUAUGUGAAGAGUCAAGAGGUGAUAAAUGCAAAGCAAGAGCCUGUGAAGCCAGCAGUAAUGGCAAAACCACCAGUCGGGCCAGUUACCAAACGGGCAGGGAGCAGUCCUGCGAUAAAGGUAUCAAACAACAACUCUAAGACGGAUAGUAGUGUAAAAAGAGAAAAUCUGAACCUGGAAAUUCUGAAAAAUAUCAUUAACAGUUCAGAGGGCUCUUCCUCAGGGACAGUGCAUAAACACAGUGCCAGAAGCUGGGCUCCCCACAGGUCAGAAUCUACAGAGCUCAACAGACGGUCUUUUGCAGAGUCGCUUAAGGUGUUCCCUACUCAAGGCCACUCGAGUCCCCAAGGAAGUAAUUUAAAUAUUAGUAAACGUCUUUUUGAAGAGCAGUCAAGUGACUCAGCACUGCACGUAUCUCAUAGCUCAUCAGACAUUAGAAGGGUAUGCAAUGGCAAGCCAUCAAAAGCUACGCCUAGUAGUAGUUCGGCCCCACCUCUACCACCUAAACCCAGCAUUACAGCUUGCAAUAUGCUGAAGUCACCCGGGAAUGACACAUUAGAGCCUGAUAAUGGAGUAAGCAGGAGGCCCUCUUUGCAUAGAUCAAAGUCUGAUCUAAGUGACAGAUAUGCCCGAGCCAGCGCAGAUGUUGAACGUUUUUUUAACUACUGUGGACUGGAUCCUGAAGAACUUGAAAACUUUGGAGUGGAGAAUUUCACCCGGGCAAACUCGGAUAUAAUCUCUCUCAACUUUCGCAGUGCAAGCAUGAUUAGUUCGGACUGUGAUCAGUCGCGGCACAGCAAUGACGACCUAACAGAUGAUGAAGAUGCCAGUGAGCGAGUGCCAUAUGGCAUCUCUGCUGUCGAAAGGAAUGCCAGAGUCAUCAAAUGGCUAUAUAGCAUCAAGCAAGCUCGAGAAUCUCAGAAAGUGUCUCAUGUGUGAGAAAGGACCCUCAACUUUUUUUUCUUUUUCUUUUUUCUUUUUGAAAAACUUGUAUUUAGUCUGUGAAUCUUAUAUUUGUGAAAGGUUGUGAAGUCUAUUUUUUGCACACUUAAUUCCAUUGCAUUAUAUGUACAAGGCAUUCAGAAACUGCAUGCUUGUCAACAUGUGAACUAACUUGACCUCCAUUUAUAGUAAAAAAAAAUAAUAAUAAUAAUAAUAAUAAUUAAAUAAUAAAUAUGUAAAACUAUACUGUGGAGACGGCUGCAGGCCAAGGCCAUCUAUCCUAGAUAUGUUUUUAUCAAUCAAAAACCUUGAGACUUCUGAUCCAUUAGGUUUACGUGUUGAACCAUUUCACAGAACAGGCACAACACAUACAAUCAUAUCGGUAUGAGCGCAUAGAUUCAAAUGAGUUACAAUUAAUAGGUAAAUUAUCUAAUGUGUAAUGACACAGUCAAAUAUGUAUAUAAAUGUGUGGGCUGUAGAUGCAUGUUACAGUCCUUGCAAGUAUUGCAGAAAACUCAAGAACAUGUGACUUUCUCAUAAAGCUACCCAGUGUUGCAAACACUGUUACAUACUGUUAUUUAAAUCAUCAGCAUUCUGUAUCUUGUAUAUGGCUUCAUCUUCUACUGUUCUGACUGACAGCUCCAGUGUGGUACAAUGGAAUGGAAGUCCAGUGAGUGACCUCAUUUUAUGUAGUAUUUGACAGAACUGCAUUACGGAUAGAAAAGUAGAUUGUUUUUUGGUAAUUGUGUAAAUUCUGUAAUGAUUUGUAUAUACUUUUAAAGUUGUUACCAAAUCUGUAAAGAGAAGUCUGUUACGCUAAUAAAUAGCUCUUGGCGCAUUCCUUCUCCUUCUUUUACUUGUGCAGUAUUAGAGGAGGUUUUUUGGGGGGCAGAGAGUUGUGUUUUAUGUUGGUUGAAACAUUCAGCGUAUUGAUAUCAAAUUUGAAAUCUUCAUUUUACAUCAACCAGGAAUCCAAGUGGAGUGAUGAUCUGAAACUGUGUUGGCAUACUGUAGGGAAUAAGAGUAAUGAUAAUGAUAACAAUAACAUGAUGUUUUAUCAUCUUGUAAAUCCACAUUACUGCUUUGGCAACCACAUUGUGAUAAAUAGUCAGGGAUUCAAGAAGUCAGGAAGCCUCACAAACCAAUAAAAUGCAAGAGGAAGAGGAGCAUAAAUGCAACAGAAAUGUCUGUGCUAAUAUUAUAGCUUAAGAUAUGUUUUACAGUUUCUUUUAGACAGAUGUAAGGAUCAUCUUGUUUUAGAAGUCACUGGCUUCAGAGAGAAAUGUGUUGAUGCUAAAAGUAUAAACUGCACACUGAAAGAUCCAAAUGGAUAUAUAUAUAUUUAUUUUAUGUACUAAUAAUAAAUCACCAGUGGAGCAUUGUAGACUUAA